UGUAAUGCAAAGGAUAACAUAGGGCAGGGAUGAUUUGAAUCGAUGGAAGAGCUGAAACGAAAGGAAAAUGGGAUAUUAGUGCCACUCUGAAACAAUGAAUCGAAGAAACGAAAGAAGAGAACGAAACGGAGAGAGCUUGGUUCAAAUCAAGCCACUCGCUAGAUUUGCCAGAUUUGUUUGGAUAAUGGAAUGAAAGAGCAAACAGCGAAGGAGAGAGAGAGAGAGAGAGAUGAACAGGAAGAAAGAAGAAAGGAGGAUGAUUGUGAAAGGCAACAAAACAGAUAGAGAUAACAAAGGAUCAACUAGGCUAGGUAAGAGACCGUCAGCAUAAUCGUGCUCAAAAAGCGCAAACUUUAAAUUGCCUUGGUAUUCUGUAAUGAGAGUACCCUUGGUGCGUUAUUACCGGCAGAAUGAUCUGAGAGCUAAUAUACUAAAUAUGACGAUCCUUCUUACCACGUUACCGCCAAUCGCAUAUUUGUUAUGUUUGAGUUUUGACUUCUGUUUCGCCCAGAAAUUCGUCUCUGCUUUCCAGGUUCGAUUUUCUACCGUUUCAGUGAUCAGUGAAGACAGGUAGUUAGUUAAUUUGUUAGUUAAAAAAAGGGUUUGUCAGUCAGUCAUCGGUGUACGUGCUUAUCGGAUGGUAGACACUUCCUGAUUGAUUAGCAAAGCGUGUAGGCGUAUGUUUUUGUUUUCUAUUUCGAUGUUUUUGGGUUGAUAUCGUUUUGUUAAACUUUUGACUUAUUUCAAGUGUGUGAGUGUGCGUAUGUGUAAUUGUAUACUUGGUGCGAAUGUGAUUUCGCUAUCAAUGAAUUUGGAUAUAAAUUAUCAUUUUACUUUUGCUGCUUGCGGAAACAUUUAUUUAUUUUAUAUGUUUAUUUGUUUUGUUGCCCAUAUAAUUCAGAAAACUCGUCAAAUAGAAACGCUGAUCAUUUCCAAUAAUUAAACAUCGUCGUCCGGCAUGAAGAUAUAACGCGGCAAUACGAGGAUUGUAUAAAUUGAAGAAAUGAAUUCAAUCGUUUUUCCAGCGCUCAUUAGGAACCAACAUUUCCCAAGAAACAUCGAUAUCCUCCCUGGAAGGGUGUGGAAGGCGGAGAGGGAGGAGGAGAGUUGCAUGCUGAUAGGUUCCGGAAGCGAUUGCGAAUAAUUAGCUUAUAUGGUGACAGCUGUCGCAAGGUUGUGCACGAACUAAACAGCUAAAAUCAAUGUUCUCCCAACUGUUCGAAUCGAAUACGCCCGUGCCAACAGAAUACUACCGUCUUGACAAUAGCGCCCAGUUGUGCUACCAUUCAAGUUGUCUCCGGCAGGGGCCGCUUAUGUGCUUUGUUUGUGGAUUUUGUUUUCUGGUGUAAAAAAAAAUGUGCCAAGGAUGCUUAAUUAGUGGAACAAAAGCAUUCCCACCAUACAGAAAAAAAUCCGUCAGAUAGAAAUUGCGCAACUUCAAUUAUCUUCAAAUUAAAGGUAUAGAGGUGAAUUCCAAUAUCUGACCGUAGCCAAUGGGGAAAAGGGGGAAAAGAAAACUCCAUCAGAAAUUUAAACUAAAAACAGCAGCGUCCACAUUUGUAUGCACAAAUCAAACCAAAUGAUCAAGCUAUGAGCUCAUGUGUUUUAAAGCAUUUUAACACAAAGCCAAAUGGAAUACUAUAUUCUCCGUCGAUAAUGUAUGAAAAUACCGCAUGGGAUGAGGAUGAAAACAUUAAUGCAUGCGGAUGCGAAGUUAAAACGACAACAAUUGAACAAUCACGAGCCAUCCAAUUCUCACUUGACCUUCCAAUAAUAUUUCGUUGAAAUAUCAUCAAAAAUACUUCUGUAUUGGAAUUGUAGAAAAGUGCGUAGGAAAUGGAAAUGAACUCUUGUCCAAAGCAAAACGAACAUGGAACAAAAAUGUUGCAUCGUCUUCUAUGAAGUGUAUUCCUUCCGUUUCAUCCGCCCGUUUACGAAACUGAACCAUUAGCACGUGGGAACAAAAAAAAAGGGGAAAACAGAUGCCACCCAUACACCCUUUUACUAUCAUUGAACCAAUCCCUGGUUGAAUUUCAACCUUUUGCAAUAUAUUGUGUUUGUAAGUAUCCAAUUAUCUGAGCACAAUAUAAAAAGCGAAUCGUCGAUUGAAAAACCACUAUUAACGUUACGUGCAAGACCGACAUCCUUCCUGCAGAGUGUUGAAACACAGACUGACCAAAAACAAAAUAAAAAACGACUAGUCGUUUUAACGAAUAUUAAAACACCUUCCGUCGUAACGCCUUCAACCGGAACACGGAAAACAAUAGUUUGUAACAAUAUGCAAUGUUAACGUUAUUACCGCGGAGUUUAAUACCGUGGCUCCUUUUGUUGUUCAGUGGCGCUCUUUUGCUUCUUUGAAAGUACCUUCGUUCGCCUCAUAAGCUAGUUUCUCGAAGAGCAGUCACGAUAUUACUGUGGCAAAAAGAUAUUUUGAGUGAAAACGUAAAGUGUACGAUAAAAAUUACAUUGCACUACAGAACGAAUCCUUUGUCUUCGAGUCUUUCGAGUCCUUCGCGUGUUUGAUAUAGCAUAAGCUGCGGGAUCGUAUGAGUAUCAUGCGUAGGCCAAACAGUGCUUCAUACGGCAGUUGUAUUCUGAGGAAAAUUGUUGUGAAAAUUGUGAUAUUUGCUUAGCUUUCAGUUGGUCGAAAGUCAAAACACUAUUGAUAACCAGUAUGCACGUUCUAUGUAGCUUGGAUUUUUUUGGUUUUGAGUUUCUUUAAAUUGAAAUACAAUACACAUAUUUUGCUGGCAAAUUAAGAAAAUGAUUUGAUUGUCAAACUAUGGCAAAAACAACCUACUCCAACUUUGUAGCUGCUGAAUACUAUUUCAAUAAUCCGGAAAGUAGCGUGACUUAAUUGUAACGUAAACUCUACCCAGUAUAUCCCUUCGCUAAAUUGUGGGUUCAGACGAUAAAAAAAACGGCCAGAUCUAAUGAUCUACUAUCUCUUUUUGGUAUAAUAUGUUUUUAUCUAUCGCAGCAACGCUGUUAUAGCAAGACUGAUAUGCUGAACCAUGGUUUUCACCUUUGCAAUCAUAUGUGCCUGCCGAUCAUCAGCGCCAUCUUUCACAGGAAGAUGAUAGUGCAUCAUUAAGAUUUUGGUCAAUCUCUAACCAAUAAAUUUAUGGUGAAUCUUUUGAGUAGAUGCCAUCCAAAAAUAUCCAGCUUACAGCAUAUGAAUCUGGUGCUCAAUGACCAUGGAUAGCACUAGAUGUCGGCAUAAGAAUGCUCGAGAUGAAUGUAUUUGAUUCCCGCAAUUCCAGCAGGCAAAUCUAAAGUGCUUACAAAUUGUCGCCAUGGAUUUCGUUCAAUUUUCCUAUCAAUAAAGAUUCCAGUAAGUAAUAUAAGA